AAAAAUAAGGUGUGAUUCAAGCUAGCAAAAUGUGCAAACAUAAAAUGGAGCGUGCCUCGUCCCCGCUGCUGCAGUCCCACCUCUCGCUGCCUCUCGUCCAACAGCCCAAGAGCCGCGGUCGUCCACGCGCCUCCUACGCCCAAACCGGAGAAUUCGACUUGGGUCUGAUACGGGAAUAUCACUUGAGACCAGCGCUCUAUGAUCGGUCCAAUAAGCGAUUCAAGGACAAGGCGCAUGCCAUGCAGCUCUGGAUGCAAAUCUCACACAAAUUGGGAUAUGCUGUGCCCAUAUUACGGGAUCGGUUUAUAACGCUGCGUAAUCGUUACAAUAUCGAGAAGCGACGAGUGGAAAACAACUGCAUCGUGGGCAGCCAGUGGCCACUGUAUGAGAAUCUCAGUUUCCUGUCGGAGCACAUAAGGACGCGACGCUCCUAUAAGAGACAAAGUAAAUCUGUGGAUGACCAUCAUCCGGAUGAUGGGGAGGAUGAAGAGCACGUCGAUGUCCAAUUCGAUAUGAAUAGCGAUAGCAAUGGACCGAUUAAGACUAUUAAGCAUGAACUGGUUGGUAAUGAUGACAAUUCGGACUGUAUUUACGACGAUGAUCGACAGCUGCCGGUGACCACAGUGCUCAGCAUACCACAAAGCGCCGAAAUAAAUGGAGGGCACAACAACAACAAUAUCAAUGGUGGCAACUCGUAUCGUCAGCCGGAGCUCGUUGUGGCCGGAGUCAAACAGAGGCGUCGCCAGGGAGCGCUUGAAGAGGAGCCACAGGCAAAACGCAAUUCUAAUUCAACAGCUUUAUCUGCGGCAGUCGCAGCCACCGCCACAACAGCAACAUCGGCAACAUCAAUAACAACAGGAGCACCAGCAACAACACCAACAGCAAUAACCACAUAUCCAAAGUUUCGAGCCUUUGGCGAAUUUGUGUCGCAUUCGCUAAACGAACUGCCACAUUCUGUGUCCAUGCGGCUGAUCGAAAAGUUUACACACGAUCUAGUCCAAGCGACGAUUAAAAGAACGGCGAAUGAGAGCCGCGAUUCAGCUGAGCCCAGCAGCUUGGAUGAAAUGGACGAUUAGAAAAUUAGUUAUAAACAAACCAAACAAACAAACAGAAACUAGAAAUUGUAAUUUAAACAUACAUUUUUUUUACCUAGACUGGGAGGAGGGCAGCGAUCAUCAUCAUCAUUAUCAUUAUCAUCUAAUGGGGUGGUAACUAGCAAUAUGCAAAAUGCAACACAAAUGCAUGUUAUAAUGUGAAACAAAUAAAACCAACCCAGAUGCGGAAACCAUA